AUCUGGUUAUUCUUUGGAGUGACAAAGCAAGUUUUUAUACACGAUUGCUUCUGUUAACGGCCUUCUCCUGCUAGUUUUUCAGGUCACGCAGGAAUCAAGACAAACAGGAAACAUACCACAGAACAGAGUCCCCUCCCUGUUGCCUUUCCCAUACCUGAGGAGCAAAACAAAGCAAAACCCAACCAGCAGCAUUUACAGACAACUGAAAGCUGGAAGUAAAAAUGAUCUUAAACUCAACUGGAGGUUGAUUUUGAUGUUGUUUUUUUUUUUAACUUUAAAUACAGACUUUAUUUUCUGAAAACAUGAAGACUCAGAUCGUUGGUGUGUGUUUGGCAAUCCUCGGUUUUCUUGGCACCAUCCUCAUCUGUGCGCUGCCCAUGUGGAAGGUGUCGGCAUUUAUACAGUCAAACAUCAUCACUGCUCAGGUGUUUUGGGAAGGCUUAUGGAUGAACUGUGUGUUCCAGAGCACGGGUCAGUCCCAAUGCAAAAACUAUGACUCGGUUUUGGCUUUACCACAAGAGCUGCAAGCCUCCAGGGCUCUGAUCUGCGUGUCUAUUGCUGUCAGUGUGGUGGCCAUCGGGCUCACAGUGGUUGGAGCUCGAUGCACUUCUUUCUUUGAUUAUGACCAAUUGACCAAAUCCAAUGCCGGCAUUGCAGGAGGUGUGGUGUUUAUUAUAGCAGGGAUCGUGUGUAUUAUUCCUGUCAGCUGGUCAGCUUACAGCAUCAUCACAGGGUUUUAUAAUCCUGUGGCCACAACAGGAAGUCAAGGAGAGCUGGGAGCUUCUAUAUAUUUGGGAUGGAUAUCUGGAGCACUCCUCGUCAUUGGAGGAAUUACUUUGUGCACCACCUACAGAUGCUGUAGUGGAUGAGAGAACAUGCUGUAGAACAUCCGAUACAUGCUGCAGUUAACAGUUCACAAGACAAUGUGUUCAUUCUCAAAGACUUUUUUGUUUUGGGCUUUGAACUUCUAUUUUCAUCAUUUUUGUCACCCUGUAAUUGCACUAUAUUGAAAUUUUACAACAAAUCAUAAUGAAAUGUGACACAUUAAAAUAGUAAAUUGUAUGUAUAAUUAUGUAUUUUAAUUAUUUUUAAAGAGCUACAAGGAAAAUGAAGUUUGUUUGAGCUACUCUUGGAUUGUAUGUAUGUUGCAUAUGAUAAUACAAAAUGUUUACUGAAAAAAUGUCCGGUAUGCUGUGUAGAGCACAUCCAUCCAUCCAUUCGCUUAUGCAAACUCCACACAGAAAGACCCCGGUCUGAUGGUGGAAUUGAACUCAGGACCUUCUUGCUGUGCAGCAACAGUGCUAACCACUGUGCCACCAUGCUGCCUGUGUAGAGCACAUGUUUUAAAAAUUUAAAUGAAUAGUAUUUGUUUAAGGCUCAUAAUCUUACGCAAUAUUUGUAUUACUGCAUGUGUCAAAAAGUCUUUUUGCAAUAAGAAAAUUAUACUUUCAGUGAAUUUCAGUGAUAGUUUUAGUGGAAGUUAGACAAAAUGAAGUAAACCAAUCAGCUACAGAAAAAUAAGCUAUUACCGUUUAUUAAAAAAUUAGGUAAAAAUAGGUAUGAAUUCAGUGGUAGACUUUGUAACAUUUUUUAACUAUGUGUUGUCCAUUGUUUGUGCAUGUUGUACUCUGUAAAUGGAAAAAAAAACCUUUGUGUAUUUGUAUCUUAACAAAAAUAAAAAAUUCACUGUAUAUUUGUACUUUGGAUGACAAUUUAUUUAUUUUUUUGUCUUUUUAUUGCUAUUUUGUAAAACUCCUAAUUGCACUUAGGACUGUUCGAUAUGACGAUAUAUAUCGGAUAACGAUAUGAAAACAUCUAUAGUUUCAUAUUAUCAUUUGCUAUCAUUUGUUUCGUGGUGUCGCAAAAUAAACUGUUUAAGGGCAAUAUGUUUUUCAUCGUUUUGAUGGUCUCUGUAGUGGCUACAUUAACUUCUUAAAGCUCUCUUUUUUUCUUAUAUUUAAAAUAACCACACUACAGACAGAUAAGUGACUGUUUUUAUGCAUUGGUUUGUUAGCAACAACAAUGGUUGCUAACCCAGCGUGUAGCUCCGCCGUCCGCUUAUUUAUUUUCCACAUGAACCUUUCACAAUAAAGCUGAAGAUCCUGUUGAGAUUUUUCAAAAUAAACUGAAAUGAUGACAAAAUGCAUUAUUCUCAAACAUCAAAUUCCAGAAUAUGAAGAUGAAACAUUCACCGUACCAAUUCUUCUUUUAUGUUGCUCUAUGUAAUAGAUAUACUGGUGCAGUUUCGUUGUUGAAACUAGAAUGUAUCCCAUGAUGUUCAUGCUUAAAGCUAGUUGGCCUGAAACUUGGAAAAUAUUGAUGAUAUGAAUAUGAAUAAAACGUUUUUGCUUUGGCUUCAGUUAAACAUA